GCUCCAAAAGACACAACAACACAAAGUAAGAUCAAUGAAGCCAGGACCAAGUACGAAAAACAGAAAGUCAAGUUUGACAAGCUCAGACAGGAUGUGUCUGUCAAGCUCAAAUUUCUUGAAGAGAACAAGGUGAAAGUGAUGCAUAAGCAGUUGUUAUUGUUCCACAAUGCCAUCUCUGCUUAUUUCUCUGGCAACCAACAAGCCUUGGAGGCCACCUUAAAGCAGUUCAGUAUCAAGUUACGCCCACCUAGCGAUGUUCAGCCAUCAUUCUUGGAACAGUGAGAACGUGGACAGCGCCCUCAGUCCCAACAAUGGUUAGCUACAAAAUGAUUCUAGCUUUGCUAGUGGUACAUCUUGUGGGAACAUGAUUUUUUUUUUAUCAGAACAAAUGGCCAAAUAUCAUAGGAGCAUUGUAUGUUUGUAUAGUUAUAAAAUGAUGUGUAUAAUAUCUACCAACAAUGAUAUAACAAAAUGAGAUCAUUACUUGUAGUGGUAUCUCAUUUAAUGUUUCCCUUUUUAAACAUAAACUUAUGUCAAUAUACUUGCUUUUACAAUUUAUAAU